AUGCGCGAAGGGGGCUCCGAGCGCAGAGUGAGAGGGACAGAGAUUGAAGAGCCGGGGAGGGGGAAAGAGGUGACGGCUCGGACCAGCUGCCUGCUCCCUCCUCUUCUGGGUCGUCCGUUCGUGUUGUCAGCCAGUACUGAUCACGUCGGGAGACAGCAUGACGGAGCCGCAGUCGGCGCUCCUGCUGCGGAGGCAGCUAGCAGAACUAAAUAAAAAUCCAGUAGAGGGAUUCUCAGCAGGCUUAAUAGACGAUAAUGACCUAUACAGAUGGGAAGUUCUAAUUAUUGGCCCUCCAGAUACUUUAUACGAAGGAGGGGUAUUCAAGGCUCAUCUUACUUUUCCAAGAGAUUAUCCCCUGAGGCCGCCAAAAAUGAAAUUUAUUACAGAAAUUUGGCAUCCAAAUGUUGAUAAAAAUGGGGAUGUAUGCAUUUCCAUUCUUCAUGAGCCGGGAGAGGAUAAGUAUGGCUAUGAAAAACCAGAAGAGCGCUGGCUUCCUAUUCAUACGGUGGAAACCAUUAUGAUCAGUGUCAUUUCUAUGCUAGCAGAUCCCAAUGGAGACUCCCCAGCCAACGUUGAUGCAGCAAAAGAGUGGAGAGAAGACCGUAAUGGAGAAUUUAAAAGGAAAGUUGCACGCUGUGUAAGAAAAAGCCAAGAGACUGCUUUUGAGUGACAUUUUAAGCAGUAGCUAGUAGCUCCACAAUUUCAGGGUCUCCAUUAGAGAAACAAGGCACUGUUUUUCCUGCACUCUACCCACCUUUUGCUGGACUUUUUGUUGUAAUAAGUUGGCAAACGCUGGCUGGCACCGGGGGUUGCAAUAAAACAUGCCAGUUAUCAAUGCUGACAAGAGCCUAACAAGUGCCAACUUAAAGGUGAUUUUCGCAUUUCAAAAUCUAAGAACUGCUUUAAACUUCAGGAAGAAUUGUACAGACCUGUACAUAGCACAACAUGAUCCGGAUAAUAUAUAUACUGUUCAUGUACAUCAAAAAAUACACAUUGUACCAAAUAAUGCUUUCUUGAUGUUCGGGUAUGAGUUAUGUAAAGUCUUCUGAGAAUGCAUAUAGAGCAGAAAAUAUGAAGGAAAAGAGAGCAUUUGUAGUCGGAAUUUCUCAGAUCAUCUGUUCAGCUUGAUCUCCUGGUGAUCUUCCUUUUUUCUUUUUUUUUUUCUCUUUUCUCCUCUACCUGUUAUGUUGAAGGCAUGCAAGAUUGGAGUCUGGUGGCUUACAUGGCUAUUUAGGUUCCACCUUCUCAUCUGGCAAGUGCUCAGUGAGGUCUUUAGGAUGUUUAUUUUCCUUCUGCCCUUAAAAUGAAACCUGUCUUCUCUAUGCAGAAACGGCCACUUAUAAUGUUAACAAAUAAAUCAUUUUAAUUCCAUGCAGCAGGAUUUUAGAUUCUUCUUUUUUUUUUUUCUCUUUAAAUGUUUCAGUUUACUGCAGCUAAUCAUGUAAUGGCUCAGUAUGCAAUGUCCCUUUUAUCAUUUUCUUAGUGUCAGUAAUUCCGCCACUAUUAGAUGUUUUAUGUGGUCACUGCAGGAAUUUGGUUACCUUUUUUUAAAAAAUUGAUCAAUAUUUUACCCCUAAGGGGAAUAAGCUCUGGUAAUUAAACUCCUGAAGUGCCUUUAUGUAUCACAAAGACUUUCCGAUAUAUCGUGUAAAUUGUUUGUUUGGGUCACAUGCAAAACCAUUUUCAAAGAGUUGAGCUAAUUGUAUACUCAACCUGGCUGUAGCAGAUCACCAGUGAGCCCCUAAAACCCUGCUGCUUUUAUUGAGGCAACCAAGUGACUAUUAGUGAUUGCAUUUCUUGUACAACCCCUUCUCUUUGACUGCCUGGUUUGAACUUGAAAGAAGGAAAGCAUGCAUAUGUGUAGGUUUAUCAAUGUAUCUUCAGGGUUUGACACAAUGUUGCAUUUUUGUAUUUUUUUUGUCCAAGUUUUAUCCUUCUUUUUUCUUUUUUCUAACACACUUCAUUGCUUUUACAUUUUUUUUAUUUUUUUUUUUUUUUUGGGACUCUCAUUCUGUUCAUGUUUUUAUUCUUCUCCAGCCGUUUUUUUGCUUCACCCAAUGUACAAAGAGAAAAAAAAUGUGAUGUAUAUUUUCAUGUAAUUUUUGAUUUUGGAAUUCUGUCACCUUCUGUAGUGCGUUCUUCCAAAAUAUAAUUUUUUUCCAAUAA